UAUUUCCGUUGUGUUUCAACGCUAGAAGCUUCGUUCCAUACCAAACACUAAAGCGAUGGGAGAGAUCAGGGAAAACUUAUGCUUGCGCCUGUUUUUUGUUUUUGCGGUGUUUAUUCAGCUGAAAAGUUAUGGUGCUGCUGUCGAGGGUGGAGAUACUCUUUCCUUGGACACCUCGCUUACUGAAAACCAGACAAUAAUUUCCAAGAAUGGCACAUUUGAAUUGGGAUUCUUCAACCCAAAUGGAACCAGUAACUGGUAUGUCGGCAUCUGGUAUGCCAAUAUAACACAGAAGACGGUCGUUUGGGUGGCUAACAGGGAGAGUCCCGCGAGAAAAAGGUCUGGCGUUUUGAAGUUGUCAAAAGAAGGUGAUCUGGGACUCUUUGAUGCAACAGGUGCAUCUCUUUGGCUGGUCAAUGUGACCAAGAAGGCUUCACAGGCUGUGAUAUUAGAUUCUGGUAAUUUUGUAAUGCUCAGUGAUGACUAUAAAACUGAAAUUGUUUGGCAGAGUUUCGACUAUCCUGUUGACACUUUGUUUCCAGGGAUGAGGAUUGGUGGACAGCAAAAGCUAGCCUGUUGGAAAAGUUCAUUGGAUCCUGCUCCUGGUCUUUUCUCUUUUCAUGUGGAUCCAUCUGGGGCCAAACAAUUCGUUCUAACAUGGAACAAUUCUGUACAGUAUUGGACAAGCGGAACCUGGGACGGCCAUGUUUUCAGUCAAAUUCCAGAAAUGACAAACAAAGCCUUGUACAAUAUCAGCGUUGAAGAUACUAACACUGGUUUGUAUAUUACAUAUACAUGGAUGAUUCUGAAGCAUGAGCUCUCACGUUUCGUCCUAGUGAAGUCGGGAGUAAUACAACAAUAUUCUUUGCUUGAUGACAGUAGAUGGAACUUGUUCUGGUUUCAACCAAGAGAUCAGUGUGCCGUAUAUGGUCAAUGCGGCGCUUACGGAAGCUGCAAACCCAACAAUAUUGAAUUCUGCAGCUGCGUGGAAGGCUUCACCCCGCUGAAUAAUUACACCUGGGCUUCGCAGGAGUGGUGGUUCAGUGGCUGUGUUCGGCAGAGCCCGUUAAACUGUUAUGCCAAAAAUGGCAGCACGGACGGAUUCGUGGAGCCGAGCGUCACGUUGCCUGAUGUUGAUUCCGCUUCCUCGUACCCUGCAACCUCAAAGAAAGAUUGCCAGAAAGCCUGCCUCCUUAACUGCUCAUGCACAGCGUUUUCUUUCAAUCCACCUUCAGGGCCGUGCCAAAUCUGGUCAGUGGAUUUGUUAAACAUGCAUAAAAGUGAAUCCAAAAACAGUUCAAAUGUUUUUAUUCGGGUAGAUGCCUCUGCACUUUCGAAGACCGAUAGAUCGUCCUCCUCCAAACGCAUAACCUCAAGUAUCGUGCUAGGUAUUGUUGGUGCUGCUACCGUUACUUUGAGUAUCUUUUCAAUUCUAAUGUGGCGGUGGCAUCGGCAGAGACAUUGGCUACGAUCAAUGGAGAGGUGUGCAGAUUCCUCGGACCCUUUUCUAAGAAUGUUUAGUUACAUGGAGUUGAAGAUUGCAACUAGGAAUUUCAGGUAUAAGCUGGGGAGUGGAGGAUUCGGCACGGUGUUCAAAGGAUACCUAAUAGACGAUACGCUGGUCGCCGUAAAGAGACUGGAGGGUUCCAGACAGGAUGAGAAGCAAUUCCGAGCAGAAAUCAGUUCUCUUGGAAACAUACAGCAUGCGAAUUUGGUCAGGCUUCGAGGGUUUUGCGUACAAGGAUUGAGAAGGCUUCUGAUUUAUGAUUACCUGCCCAACGGCUCUCUCAAUUCCUUACUCUUCACAAAUAAUAUCAAACGCAAGCAGAAGGUACUAGACUGGACGACCCGAUUCCAGAUCGCUUUAGGCACCGCAAGAGGGUUACUUUAUCUCCACGAAGAAUGCAGAAAUUGCAUCAUUCACUGUGAUGUUAAGCCCGAAAAUAUUCUUCUGGACAAUAAUUUUUCACCAAAAUUGGGCGAUUUCGGGUUGGCAAAGCUUGUGGGUAGAGAUUUCAGCCGCGUCCUGACAACAACGAGAGGAACGAGAGGUUAUUUGGCUCCAGAGUGGAUCUCCGGUCUUCCCAUCCCUCCCAAGGUUGAUGUAUACAGUUUUGGUAUGACGCUCUUGGAAAUCAUUUCCGGUCGAAGAACUCUGGAUUUAACCGUGCAAGAUUCCAAUCAGUAUUACUUUCCAGGGUGGGUUGCAACUCAAAUAUAUAAUGGGAACAUGAUUAAUAUUGUGGAGGAGGGUAUUGCAGAGGAGAGAGAUCUUGAGGAGGUGAGAAGAGCAAGUAUUGUAGGGUUGUUAUGCAUUGAAAAGGAUGAGGAGGUGAGGCCAAGCAUGAGGCAAGUGGUGCUAAUGCUGGAAGGGAAGAUGCAGCCUCAAAUUCCGCAGAUUCAAAGCUCUGCGCUCAUGGACAAGAAAGCAGACGUAAGCGACACUGACAGCAGCAGUAGCGAAAGGUGAUGUUAUUAGAUAGAAUAGUGUAAGCGGGGCACAUCCUGUAGAUAGGUUAUUUAAGCUUAAAGGUUCCUGGUUAAUCAAGCACAAUGGUAUUAUCUAAUUUAGCAAAUGUUCCUUGUUUACACUUUGUACCAUAUUUACUGUAACUUGAAUUUCAACCUUUCGUGUCUUACAACUUA